AUGGAAUACCACAGCACCAUCCUUCCACGAGCUCCACAAUGCGGCUACCAAGGCAACGCCGAUCUCUACGGUCUCGGCGUCCGUCUUGGCCUUUAUUUCCAGCUCUUCGCAGCGACGCUCGUUGCGCAAUGUCUCCCUGCCUCUCGCAACCGGCGCUUCUUCCGCAUCGCGAGCGCAGCUCUAGGCGCCUCUACCUUCAUCGUCCUGGCUAUGCAAACCGCCAAACAGCAGGUUUUCGGCGUCGAAGUCAACACCAUUCUGUGGGUGCUCGGCCUACAGUUGAUGGGCACGGCAACUCCCCCAAGCGCAAUUGCGAUCGAUAUCUUUGCGCUUGCGAAGUCAAUGCUGCUUUACUUCCCCCUAGCGAUUUACCAGCUCUGGUUUUUCUUCCAUGGGUUAGAUGUCUUACCGCGGACGGAAUGUCCAGAUGAGUAUGCGUUCUUCUUUGCAAAAGUUAGCCUGUGGCAUUGGUUCCGGAAGCUCUCGGAGGCAUUCAGUAUCUUGAUGAUUUUGGGAUACACCCUUUUCUUCGCCUUGAUCGUGAGCGCGAGAAAGGAAUUCAAUGAAGCAGGAGAGGCCAGCGCAGAGCUCCAAGCAGCAUGGAGUAGCAAGCACCCAUUCCGGCAACUCUUGGGAGCCAUCAUGUACUACGCCUUCGCCAGUAUUUUCACGAUCCUACCCGCCGAGCUUACGAUCAAAUGGAAUAAAGUCAAAGGCGUCAACAGGAUUGAUUCGGUCUCCCAACUUGUCCCUUUCGUUCUUGGAUUAGGGCAGCUUCUUGAUGUCUUGUAUCGGAUUGUUAAGAAGAUGAGUGGACAUAAUCCAGAAGAAGUGGAGGAUGCCGAAGGCGAAGAUGCGAAUGCCCGUUGUCCAGUCCGCGAUCGUCAUACCUCAGCCAGCGCCUCCUCGAAGGAGCCGUCUAAGGGAGCGGGAGAAGAACAUGAGCUGUUAGACCGGCACUCUAAUGAUUAG